CCAACAACACAAGUCCCGCCUCGGUGUGUAUACUAGAAGAGAUUUGGGGAUAUAAAAUGAAGGAACUCUGUUUUACAGCGUAUUUAAGCCAGAGUUCCACCGGCGGACUCACAGAGCUACACGACAUUUAUACCAUCUUAAUGUUCUGAAAACACUCACCAACAGAUCAUUUCUGUAUCACUCAAAGCUGACAACAAUUCAUCUCCUUCAUCUCUCGCUGGCAUUUCUGCCGGGUAGCGUGAGCGACACAGCAUAGCCAUGGCUGGGGAAUGUGUGGAUCAGCGGGCGCUACAGUAUGAGCAAACUUUGAUGUAUGGGCGCUACACCCAGGAGCUGGGGGUGUACGCCAAGGAGGAGGCGGCUCGUCUGCGGGAGGAGGCGGGGCUACGGCGGGGCAUCAGCGAACGCUCGCGCUCCCUGGAGCUGCUGGAGUAUGACAAGGGACGCUGUGCCAAGUGUCGCAGGUAUCCCUACGCCCUGAAGACCCCUGCCAAGGACUUUGUCUCUGUCUGCACAGUGCGCUGUCAGAAGUUCCUGAUCUCGCAUGUGGGAGAGGACUGGAUCUUCCUCAUCCUGCUGGGCCUGGUCAUGGCUCUGGUCAGCUGGGUGGUAGACUUCGCCAUCGCCAUCUGCCUCCAAGCACAGAAGUGGAUGUACGGAGGGUUGGACAGUAACGUGUUCCUGCAGUACCUGGCGUGGGUCACCUACCCUGUGGUCCUCAUCACCUUCUCUGCAGGCUUCACCCAGAUCCUGGCCCCGCAGGCUGUGGGGUCCGGUAUCCCUGAGAUGAAGACCAUCCUGAGAGGCGUGGUCCUGAAAGAAUACCUCACCUUCAAAACCUUCGUGGCCAAAGUCAUCGGGCUCACCUGCGCUCUGGGGAGUGGCAUGCCCCUGGGCAAGGAGGGUCCGUUUGUACACAUUGCCAGUCUGUGCGCUGCUCUCCUUAGCAAGUUCAUGUCCCUGUUUGGAGGAAUCUACGAGAACGAGUCCAGGAACAUUGAGAUGCUGGCUGCAGCUUGUGCUGUUGGGGUGGGCUGUUGUUUUGCUGCACCAAUAGGAGGUGUACUCUUCAGUAUCGAGGUAACAUCCACGUUCUUUGCGGUGAGGAACUAUUGGCGGGGGUUCUUCGCUGCUACCUUCAGUGCCUUCAUCUUCAGAGUGCUGGCUGUGUGGAACCGGGAUGAGGAGACCAUCACCGCCCUCUUCAAGACGCGCUUUCGUUACGACUUCCCCUUUGACCUCCAGGAACUUCCUGCCUUUGCUGUCAUUGGUAUUGCCAGUGGUUUCGGCGGGGCUCUCUUUGUCUACCUGAACAGGCUGAUUGUGCAGUUCAUCCGGAAGCAGAAGGCCAUCAACAAGUUCCUCAUGAAGAAGCGCCUGCUGUAUCCAGCCCUGGUGACUCUCCUGGUGUCCACGUUAACCUUUCCUCCAGGGUUUGGACAGUUCAUGGCAGGCAAGCUGACCCAGAAGGAGUCCCUGGUGACAUUGCUAGACAACCGGACGUGGGCAAAGCAGGGCAUUGCUGAGGAGUUCGACUACAUCGGCCACUCCCAGGCCUGGAAGCAUCCGCAGGUGAACGUGUUCGUCACCCUGGUGCUCUUCAUCGUCAUGAAGUUCUGGAUGUCGGCCCUGGCAACCACCAUCCCUGUGCCCUGCGGAGCGUUCAUGCCCGUCUUCGUCAUUGGGGCAGCGUUUGGCCGUCUGGUUGGAGAGAGCAUGGCAGCUUGGUUUCCUGAUGGCAUCAACACUGAUGGCAUAAUUUACCCCAUCGUUCCAGGAGGGUAUGCCGUCGUGGGUGCGGCUGCACUCUCCGGUGCCGUCACUCACACCGUGUCCACGGCGGUCAUCGUGUUUGAGCUGACGGGUCAGAUCUCACACAUCCUGCCCGUGAUGAUCGCUGUGAUCCUGGCCAACGCCGUGGCCCAGUCCCUGCAGCCCUCGCUGUACGACUCCAUCAUCAGGAUCAAGAAGCUGCCCUACCUGCCUGAGCUGGGCUGGGGCCACCAAGAGUGUGUGCUUAUCACCACUUUUCCCUGUUUCUUCCAGGAUGACCAGACUGUAGAUGACGACAUGACCAUCAGAGAGAUCGCAGAAUGGGAGGAGGAACAACUUGACGAGCAGGUCAACUUCAAUAACUGCAAGAUUGACCCCGCCCCCUUUCAGCUGGUGGAGCGCACAUCGUUGCACAAGACUCACACCAUCUUCUCUCUGCUGGGCCUGGACCACGCCUACGUCACCAGCAUCGGACGCCUCAUUGGAGUCGUCUCUCUCAAAGAGCUGAGGAAGGCCAUCGAGGGCUCGGUGACCGUGAAGGGCGUGAAAGUGCGCCCCCCACUGGCCAGCUUCCGCGACAGCGGCACCAGCAGCAGCGAGAACGAAGCCACCGAGCUCCACAAACUGUGGGACCGCCACAAGUCCAUGUCCCUCCCCCGCGAACACACGCCCUCCGACUCGGAGGAAAAGUCCCAGUGAUGCGGGCAGGACGGGAGCAGCCGGGGGGACCGAGUCACAGUAGG